AUGGGGAAUAUUUGUAAGCCUUAGGUUUAGUUACUAGAAGAAAAUGAAUUAGAUUUAAAUAAAAAAGCUGAAAUAGAAGAAUAAAGAAAAAAAGCAAUUCAUAAAUAAGAAAAUAUGCAUGACUAAAAAUAAGAAUCUAUAACAGAUGAUUAAAAACAUUAAUAAGAUAACGAGGAUGGAUAAAAGAUGAGAAAUGAAAAUAAUUAAGAAGUAUAUUAUAAAAAUAGUUCCUUAGUUAAAAAGAAGAGAAAACAAAAAGAUGGCAUAAAUUGCAGCAGUUAUUGACUAGGUAGUAAUAUAUGAAAAUAUCUAAAAACAAAAUAAAGAAAAAACUCCUAUAGAUUAUUAACUAUUAUUAAAUGCAUUUUCUAAUAGUUUUAUAUUUGCUCAGUUGUAAAACGAAGACAAGUAUCAAGAAUUUAAUAUUAUUUUGAGUAAAGGUUAUUGAAAAGAUGUUCUAUUGCACAGUGAAUGAUUAGGAGAUGGUAUUUAAAUAAGGAGAUAAGGGAAGUUCAUAUUUUUUGAUUGAAAGAGGUUAAUGUUAAAUAAUAAUAAAUAAUGAUGUAAAGAAAACCUUAAAACAUGGAGAAGCAUUUGGUGAAUUAGCAUUAUUAUACAAUGCUCCAAGAUCUGCUUCAGUGAAAGCCAUAGGGGGUAAUAAAAUUAUUAAUUUAAAGAUUGUGCAUUUUGGGCAAUUGAUAGAAACACAGUUAGAAAAGUAAUAGAGGAAAUCUCAUUGAAAGAUUAUGAAUAAAAUAAGGAAUUUAUUUAGAAGGUUCAAUUUUUUGGUAAUAAAUGAAUUUAUAAUUAGAGUCUCUUACUGAUGAUUAAAGAACAGCAAUUACAUCAGUUUUGAUAACACUAAAUUUUAAAUCUGGUGAGAUUAUAGUAAAUGAAGGGGAUUAAGCAGAUUCAUUUUUUAUAAUAAAAAAAGGAGAGAUAGAAAUUUGUAAGGGAGGAAAAUAAUUGAGAAUUAUGUAAUAAGGAGAUUCUUUAGGUGAAUAAGCAUUAUAAAGUAAUUCAGUAAGAGGAGCAACAGCAAAAGCACAUAAGGAUGUAAUUUUAUUGGCAUUGUCAAGAGAUGAUUUGACAAGAAUUUUAGGUGAUAAAAUAUAGACUAUAAUGUUUUUGAAUUUAUAAAGAUGGGCAUUUGAAAGACAUCCAAUUUUAAAAUAACUUACAAAACUUUAAGUGGAAAGAAUAGUAAGUAAUAUGGAACAAAAAUAAUUUAAAUAAGGAGAAGUAAUCUUAGAAAAGGGUUAAAAAUGUACUCAUUUAAUUAUUGUUUUGAUGGCAAAUGUAUAAUAUGGAUAACAAUCUAUAGAGAAAGGAUAAAUGUUUGGUGAUAAAUUUUUGGAAUAAUCAAAUUAAAUUUUAACUGAUUCUUUGAUUAUGAAAUCAGAUGGAUUAAUAAGUUAAUUAUAAAUUAAAGUUUUUUUUGAUAUUAUAGGUGGUACUUUAGAAUAAAUCUUCAUAAAAAAUGAGAAAGCACAUGAUAGAUUUAUUAAAAAGGAAGAAGGUUAAAAAAAAGAUUAAUAUGAUCAUUUUAAAUUAGAAGAAUUAAUUUCAAUAAAAAAAUUAGGUUAAGGUUAAUUUGGUAAUGUGUAUUUAGUACAUAAUAAAACAGAUAAAAAAAAUUAUGCGUUAAAAUGUAUAUCGAAAGCUCAAAUAAUUGAUUAAAAUUUAGAAAAGCAUUUGGGUUAGGAAAAACAAACAUUAUAAACAGCUAAUUUUCCACUCAUUAUGCAUUUUGUUAAAAGUUUCUAGGAUAAAAAUUACAUUUACUUUCUAGAAGAAUACAUUAAAGGAAUGGAAUUAUUUGAUGUAAUUAGAGAAAUUGGGCUUUUAAAUACAUAUGACUCACAAUUUUAUGUUGGAUCAUUGAUUUUGUGUAUGGAAUAUUUGCACCUCAAUAAUAUUAUCUAUAGAGAUAUUAAACCAGAAAACAUUAUGGUUGAUGAUAAGGUAAUUAAUUAAUUUAUUAUUUUAAAGGGGUUUAUGAAAUUAAUUGAUUUAGGAACUGCUAAAAAUUUAAAAAAUAAAAAUGGUCGAACACAUACUGUUAUUGGAACUCCUCAUUAUAUGGCUCCAGAAAUACUAUCAGGAAAAGGUUACACAUAUACAGUUGAUUUAUGGUCUAUAGGAAUUUGUUUAUAUGAAUUUAUGUGUGGAAAUGUACCUUAUGCAGAAGAUGCUGAUGAUCCGUAAAUCUUCAUUUUAUCUAUUUAGAUAUGAUAUUUAUGAAGAAAUCUAAAAAAAACCUUUGACUUUUCCAUCGGUUCUUAAAGAUAGAAAAGCUAAAAAAUUAAUUGAAUAAUUACUAAGCAAAACUCCUGAGUUGAGAUUAGGAUCAUCAUAUGCAAGCUUAAAAAAUAAUUAAUUUUUUGAACAUUUUGAUUAUGAUUCAUUGAUGAAUAGAGACUUAAAACCUCCAUAUGUCCCACCCAAGAGUAAACUAUAAAGUGAAAAAGAAAUUUAAAAAGCAAUUCAGGCAGGAAAAUUAAUCACUGAAGAAAUUAAAGUAUUUUUCUUUUUCUAUUUGAUAGAAUGACCCUACAACAACUAAUAACAUAUAUAAACCAGAAAAAGCUAGAGAUCCUAAUUGGGAUUAAUAUUAUUGAACAAAAAAUUAUUUCUUAUGCUAUUAUCACAC